AUGGCCGUACAAACGACAGCCACCAGCAAUGCAAAGCAACUCACCGAAUGUCCUACAACACUAAAAGAAGCUAUAGAUUGGAUAUUACGGAUGUCAGAGAAAGAUAAGAAUGGCGCACAGGCUCACAGUGGCAACACCACUGAACUAGGAAAGAAGGUGGAAGAGCUGCUGAAACCCGUUCUGAAUGAUCUUAAUGAAAAGGCUAAGAGCAAUCCUCAUGAUGUUAAACUCAUCCAAGACCAGAAGUCGCUUGAAGCAGCCAUAAAAUUGUUCACUGGUUACGAAUUAAAUGGCAAGAAGAAUGACGCCAAUUGGAGUUCCGUCGGAAAUGAACAAAACAAACAACGUUGUGCUUCCAUCUUCCUAUCUUGCAUCCCCCUAAUCUUCAGCGGCCUAAGCUAUUUAUAUUGGCAAUGUAAUAAGAGUGAUGGUAGUUAUGGUCAAAGAAAGCCUGGUUCCAAAACCAGCGAAAACACCCCUGAUCCUAGAUGGUACGAUCAAUCAAUCAAAAACAAUGGUGAGACAAGCCUUGGCAUAUACCUAACUUGCUGUGGUUACACAAGCAAUGUUCUCAAUGGGAAAAGGCAAUCUAAGGAAAUCAAACAUUUACUUGACGGUAGCAAAAGCGGUGGUGGUGUUACUUGCGAUGGUUUCAAGGAAUUCAAAGAAGCCAGGAAAGGGUUGCUUAACGAAUCGGCUACGUCCCAGAAUGCCGACCAAUACACCCUCGCCUGCCUCCAUCUGUGCUCCGCAUACUACUUUCAAUAUAAACACCAAGAAAACCAACGGAAUACAAAGUGUGACUAUAGGCCCACCUCUAUCCGUGAAAUGUUAUACUGGUUGACGGGAUUGCCAUAUAGCCCGGUAUAUACACGCCUUCACAAAGAUGGUUUCGACACAGCAUUAAAUGGAAAAAAUGCUUCGGACAUCAUCCCCUUCACCGUUUCCAAUUUCGACGACUACCUCCUCACACCUUGCUUUUAUUCUGGUUUCGUCUUGAUGGCCAUUGAGGGUCAAUUGCAAGGUAGCGUCGCUGAUGAAUCGUUACUUCACGACGUCUACUCCAAUGAAGAUUUUCAAUUUUAUUAUCCAAAUAGUGCCAGCGCAUGGUUUGGCAUGUUAUGGGAUGUUGUAUACGCUGUCAUUAUACAACUCAAUUUCCUGAAGUCGCAGUGUCAAAACUGCGGUGCAAGAUUGUCAAAUCGUUUAUAUGCCAAUGCGAGACUAGAGCAACGACGCACCCCGGCCAAAACUGUUAUGCGAAAAAAACUGUGCAUUGCAAAACACAAGGAAUGUGGUAUUGGUGCUAAUUGUUCACCGCUACAAGCUUAUCUAUGUGAUAAACUUGAUGGUUUUAAAUGUGAAAUCAAUGACACAUCUUCGGCUUAUGAUGAACAUACCAAGCAUGUCUCCCAUCGUUCCCAAUGGUGUCACAUACCAAUGGGAUUUGGGAAUUAUCUCUCAGGGCUUUGUCGCAGUGGCAACUUUCUCCAUAAAAUAAUGGAACACUACUUAGCUGACAACAUCAACUACGUCAGUAUAUACGGCAUGGUAUUGGUUCUACAAUGUACGGUCUUGCGUACACCACACACUCUCGGUGAUCUAUUCACCAUUUUCUAUGAGCUGGUAGAGGCAUAUGACAACACUGGUGAGCGCAAUCUUAGUGGUACUGGAGGUGGCAAGACCGUAAAGCGGGCCUUGGAGGAAACAAUAAAGGCUCACCCCGGUGAGCAUACUGCUAACUCCAAAGGUGAUAUCCAUCUCAUAGGCGCCCUUGAGAAACUUCAGAGCCAACAGCACAUGAGAGGCGGCAAACACGAAAGCCUAUACAGUCUGCGGGCGUGUGACACUCAUAAUUGUGGGCGCUACCUCAUUCCUCUCUCCUGGAAUAUAUAUAAAGCUUUAACUAAAGAAAAUUUGGAGGUGUACUUCUCCUGGAUAUUAUAUUUGGCUGAGUAUUUCAAAGAAUACAUGAAAAUGUUUUUAGAUGCAUACAAGAAUGUCGAUUGCUCCAAGUCAGGAUGUAAAUGCGCGGGUCAAGGCAAAUGUCAGCCUGGUACCCAUGGCAACGCCCGCACCUGCCGAUGUGAGAACAUUGUUCACUGUGCCGGUGUAUUGACAGUGUUCUACGGAUUUGGAUUCGCAUACCAAUCGGUACGUGCGUUGAAUAAAGCUAUUUGGCACGUGGAUAAGAGGUGUCCCAAAGGUACGCUGGCUGCUUGGCUUAAACGUGAUUAUUCACAGUUUUCCGUUCAACUUAAUGACGUCAUUUAUGGGAAACCGUUCGAUAACGUCAUCGAGGCUGUAAUUAAUUCGUUCUACACCAUCCGUUCAGCCUUGGUAAUAUAUCUGGCGACAUUUUGGCAUGUGGUAAUGAUCUCUCACAUAUGGUCUACUACUUCCAUUGGACUUACUACGCAUUCGGUCGCGUUGGAGAUUGGCAUCCUCACAUGA